AUGGACGGGUACGCGAUAUCCGUUGCCGAUCCAGGCGCACAACCGUCAACGCCUUCGCGGCAGACGAGCAGAGACCUCAGAGACUCGAAGCGGAUGCGGGUGACGCGCGCCUGCGACAGGUGCAAGAAGAGGAAGAUUCGCUGUACUGGAUUGCAGCCCUGUCGGCUGUGCAUUGAGGCCAAUACAAACUGCACGUAUGAUGCCGCAUACACCCGGGGUAGACACGGCGCGGUGGUGCCUCGUAGAAGCAGUCGCGCCUCUCCGCCAUCACAGGCAUCACAACUCAGCAGCCGGCAUGAGCGCCAGACAUCAGACUCAGCGCGCUGGCAUGCUGCUAACCAACAAAGUCCUGUUACCUCCAGCCGACAUCAGCGCCUCAAUGACGAGCCUCCGGAGCCUUAUCCAGCCCUCGGAGACCCCACACAGCCCGGGACUGAGCCGUUAUCUCGGGCCUCUCCUGAGCCUGUGCAGACCGAUCUUGAGGGCCACUACGUCGGCCCAUCCUCCGGAGUCUCGUUUCUGCUGAGGAUUCAAAAGAGGCUAGACCAAUUUGUGUCGUUUCCGCAAGGAUCUUCCAUCUUCACGUUUGGCGACGUGCCGCUGCCGUAUCUUGACUCUUUGCAGAAUGAGGCGCCGUACUUUGAUCCAACGCUCUAUAUGAUGUUGUCCAGGAGCGAAACAACGCGCCUUGUUCAGAGGUAUUUCGAUUUUGCUGUGCCUGUCGACAGAUUUCUUCACCAGCAGACCAUAGAGAUGUGGCUUGAGGAAUUGUAUGAGACCAAGGGGAAGAUGCACAAUAGAGAAGAUGCGUCCAUCCGGAAAGCUGUCUUGUUCAUGGUAUUUGCCCUUGCUCAAGCGCAUAUGAGCCAGAGACCAACAUCUGAUGAUGCCGAUGUGAGUGUCCGGUAUUUCCUUGCGGCACACCAGCUUCUAUCGAGCGAGAAAGGAGCUAUCCGUCUAGAGAGCAUCCAGGCUCGACUACUGCAAUGCCUCUGGCUGUUAUCCGAGUCACGAAUCAACCAUUGCUGGAAUCUCUUUGGAACCGCUGCGCGACUUGCAUAUGCUAUUGGCUUACACCGGAAGCGUCAUGCUGAUCGUAUCGACCGCAUAGAGGUAGAAUGCCGGAGAAGGACAUUUUGGAGUGCGUAUGCUUUAGACAACUACCUCAGCAUGGCACUGGGAAGGCCACGCACGUUUCAUGACGAUGACAUCGACCAAGAGCUUCCAUCUUGUGUGGAUGAUCACCAGAUUUAUGCCGAUCAUGUCAACCAAGACAGCACCCUCGGACAAUCAGUAAUGUUGGGGCCGGUGGCCUAUGCCAAGAUGUCUCGAAUUCUGAGCAUGAUUCUUCGCAACGUCUACUCCAUUCACGCAACAUCGCGUGAUGAGAAACACGCAUUUGCCACCAUACAUACCAAGGAACUUGUUGAAUGGCGAGAAAACGUCGCUCAUUUUCUUGACCCUGUGACCCAUAUGCCUCUGAUACCCAUCUUCCAGCGUCAGAAGAAUGUCCUCAAUCUGGCAUACUGGCAUACUAUGAUCCUCACUCAUCGACCCUUUUUACUGCGAAACUUUGCAAAUCUGCAGAAUGGUAGCAGGCCAAGGCGUGACGAUCGCGAAUUCGAAUCUCGCAUCGAGCAAAGUGUCAACGAAUGCCUGCAGGCGGCUACGAAUAUCACGAGAACGGUUAAUGAUAUGUACCAAGGAGGACAGCUGUUCCGAGCAUAUUGGUUCACAUCAUAUUUCGCCUUUUCAGCUGCGGUCAUACUGUAUGUUUACACGAUCCAGAAAAGCAAUGAGCCCGAGGACAUAUACAGUGGCUACCUCUCGGCUGCGACUCGUUGCCAAGACCAGCUCUCCAAUCUCGCAGAAGACGGAUCUUUAGUCGCGAGAUACUGUCUAGUGUUGGAAGAGCUGCGCCUCGAAGCCCUAAGGCAAACAAAGCAAGGCCGAAACUAUGCACGGUCGCCAACACAGAAACAAAUCGCCUCGUUACCAAAUAACACGAACGGCACUGACGCAUAUGAAACCACUGCAGAUGGUACAAUGGGCGUGACGGACCUCGGAGCCGGUAUGACGGAUAUGGGUGGCAUUGGCGAUAUAUACGUGACACCUACCGACUCUCUCGCCGAGAUGACUGGAUGGGCUCAGUUUGAUGCCAUGGUCAGUGUUUCGAUGGAUGGAUUUUCACUGAAUAUUUAA